AUGGAUGCAAUAAAAGAAUUGUCGUCAGUUUCAGAAGAUAAUUUUAUUCAACUACUACGAAAUAUUCUUGAUGAAUAUUUUCAUCGUCAUUCAUCAUUCAAAACAACAAUUAAUGCAGAUUCACAAAUUCGUUUGCAACUUGAACAACUUCUUCGAAGUACAAAUCCAUCAUCAGACAAAAUAAACACAAAUGAUUUACCUGAACAUUUGCAAAAGAUUUAUUUAAACUUUGUAAACGACUAUCGACAUGAUAUCGAACGAUACCAUGUUCAUCAGGCUAGUCAAUACAUGGAAGAAUAUCGUUUGAAAAAUUUUGAUUGGAAUAUUCGAAUUGCUCUUCACGAUGAACAUUUAUUUAAAUGUCGUCUACCGCUUGUUAAUCUGGAAUUAGAAUUAACAAACGAAAAGAAUUCAAAAGAUAUUUUACUUGAACUUGAUGAACAAGAGUUAAACAAAUUAAUUGAUGAAAUGGUGAAAAUCGAUCAAACUAUGAACAACAACGACGUUCUUUUGUCACAAUGA